AACCAAAGUUAGUAUUAAAAGUUUAGUGUGUUUUUAGAAAUCACUAAUACUCUCAACGAACAAGUAACUCAUUAUUUUCUACUAUACCAAUCACGUAUUCGCAAUGACGAUAACUAAUUUGAAUGCACCAUCACCAGAGGAGAAUGUCAUCCCCUCGGCCCCGGCCCCGGCCCCAGCCCCAGCCCCAGCCCCAGCCCCAGCACCAGCACCAGCACCAGUAGUAGUUGCUCCAACACCUGUUGAGCAAAACGACAGUUUGUCCAACAGGUGUUGUAUAAAGAUUAUCGACUGUAAAGAGACGAAAAAACAGGUGUUUUUCUCUGUUCCAAUGGUCGUAGUGAACGCUUCUUUCUACUUCAUCAACCUCGUAGCUGUCAUGUUUGCCGGACAUAUGGGGAAGCUCGAGCUCGCUGCAUCAAAUCUUGCUAAUUCAUGGGCUAUGGUUACUGGUUACUCUUUCAUGGUCGGGCUAAGUGGUGCACUCGAGACAUUAUGUGGUCAAGGAUAUGGCGCGAAAAUGUUCAGGAUGCUGGGAAUACAUCUUCAGACAUCAAGCAUCAUAUCAUUCUUCUUUUCGAUUGUGGUUUCCUUCAUCUGGUGGUAUUCGGAUCGAAUUCUGAUUUUACUUCAUCAAGAACCUGAAAUAGCUAGAGAAGCUGGGGUGUUCUUGAAGUUCCUCAUACCGGGAUUGUUUGCAUAUGCUUUCUUGCAAAACAUCGUGAGAUUUCUUCAGGCACAGUCAAUCAUUGUACCGCUGGCUUGCUUUUCGGUUGCAUCUCUAGGUGUUCAUGCAGGCAUUGCCUAUGUUUUGGUUCAUUACACAAAUCUUGGUUUUAAAGGAGCACCGUUAGCAGUUUCAAUAUCGUUCUGGAUUAUUUUUGUUACGUUGAGUUUAUACGUGCUUUUUUCAAAGAGAUUCAGUCAUAUAAGACCGGAAGGUCUCUCAUCCGAGCCACUUCAACAUAUUCUUUCAAAUUUGAAGUUGGCUUUGCCCUCUGCUGGCAUGGUGUGCUUGGAGUAUUGGGCUUUUGAGAUUCUUGUGUUAUUAGCUGGUUUGAUGCCAAACUCAGCGACAACUACUUCUGUCGUCGCAAUGUGUGUAAAUACAGAAACCAUUGCGUACAUGAUAUCUUACGGCCUAAGUGCAGCUGCAAGCACGAGGGUGUCUAACGAGGUAGGAGCAGGAAAUAUCGGCAAAGCUAAGCAGGCGAUGGCUGUUACGCUCAAGCUAGCUAUUCUUGCUGCACUUGUAGCUGAUACGGCCUUAGGGUUCGGUCAUAAUGCCUGGGCUAACCUCUUCAGUGAUGACGCGGACAUCAUUCGCAAAUUUGGCUCAAUGACACCUCUCCUUUUAGUCUCUUUCUUGUUCGAUUUCAUACAAGGAAUUCUAUCAGGAGUGGCGAGAGGAUGUGGAUGGCAGCGUUUCGCUAUGUGCAUCAACUUAGCAACAUUCUAUUGCAUCGGCAUGCCAAUAGGUGCCCUCUUAGCUUUCAAGUUCAACAAAAGCUAUAAGGGCUUAUGGAUAGGGUUGAUUUGUGGUCUAUCAUGCCAAUCUUCUGGCUUGUUGCUAUUGACAUUACUUAGAAAAUGGGGAAAAGCAGAUCAAGUUGCAAAAGAAAGCAACAAAGAAAGUGAACUCCAACCUUAAAAGGGACAUUUUUUUUACAUGUCGAUGUAGAUUUAGAAUAAAUCGCGUAUUUAGGCUUUAUUUAUUUGCGCUUAUGAAGAUUCAUCAUUCAGAUUUCAGUCCUCAAGCGUGUUCGUUGUUUUGUAUCUGAAUUUUAAUUAAGGACUUUCGUCGAAAUAGCUUUUCAGAAAAGUUACUUUUGGUGAGAAGAAAUUUGUCUUUCUCCGAUUCAUUUAGUAUUUGAAUGUCAAAUUACCAAAAUAAUAAGGUUCUUGCAAACAAUAUAAAUCCGAUAAUUCAGAACUUGAUUACAGAAACUGAAAAUCUCAUUUUUGGGUCUGUCGAGAUGCGUAAUUAGCUCCCGAUACAUCCAAUGAAGAUACAUUGUUUUCUUUGUAAAGAUACAUAAUUAGCUUCUGUUAUAUUUUUCUCGAUUUUGAGUCUGUCGAGAUACAUAAUACAUCGAGCAAAGAUACAUUU